AUGUCGGUCCGAGGCCUAACAAAAAUGUUUGGAGACAUAAAGUUUGGUGGCUCGCCGCCGCCGCCAGGUAACCGGGAUUACGGCGCAAGCAGCUACGGGCAGCCUGGCGCGGGCCGAGACGGCGCAUAUCCCGGCGCUUCAUACAACGCCGCACACGCGCAACCGACGUACCAGCCCCCGUCCGACAAACCGCCCCUGCCCCAGGGCUGGACCCCUUGCUUCGACCAGCAACACCAGCGCUGGUUCUACUGCGAGGAGGCAACGCGCAAGGUUCAAUGGAUCGCCCCCGGCUACUCGGCGGCACCCCACGUCCAGGGCCCUCCGGGGGGCGCAUACGGCCCUUGGAGCGGGCCUCCGCCCGGCGGCGCAUAUGCUGCCAAGGGGGGUGACAAGAAGGGAAGCAUGAUUGGCGGCGCGCUCUUGGGCGCCGCCGGCGGUGCAGUUGCGGGGGAUCUUGCCCAUCAUGGCUUUGCGGAUCACCACGUCCGCCAGGACGCGGGGGAACACGAGCAUCGUGUGUAUGCCGAUGGGCCCGGCUCCAGCUCCAGCUCCAGUGACGACGGAGGUGAGGGCGAGCAACCCGAAGAGGAACGCGAGGAGCUUUACGAGGCUGAAAUGGGAUAUGCAGAGGCGGAACUUGCUGAGGAAUAUGAAGAGGACUACGCCGAUGAUUAUGAAGAAGACUUUGCUGAAGAAUAUGACGACCACGACUACGAUGAUGAUUAG